AUGGAUGAUCAUAUCAUUUACGAGUCAUCCGAAGCCGUGGUUAAAGUGCAGAAGAAGAGGCUGAAGGCAUACAAAGAUGUGAUAAAACAAAACACGUGUCGAUCGCAACGCUUUCCUGUGCUGAAGGCAUACAAAGAUGUGAUAAAACAAAACACGUGUCGAUCGCAACGCUUUCCUGUGGUUCGUAUCGAUCGGUUCCCAAAACUUGACAAAUACUGCACUCAUGUCCAGACAAACGGAUUCAGUGAAUCCAUUGACCACAAGAUCAACAGAUUGUGUCGAAAGCUGUCCAAUGAGACCAAUGGAGACGGUUUGAGUGACUCGAGUGAUCGUAAGACCAAUAACCAGAAGAAGAGGAGACACGAAGAGGUGAUAGACUUGUGUGUCAUUCAAGAGGAAAACGAUGAGUUGGACUUUGAAGAGGAGAGCCUUUCGAAGAAGUUCUUGAAAACCAAUGAAUACAAGAGAAAGAGCUCUUCGGCCGACACGAGGAAUGACGUGAAGAAUGAGAGCAAAUACACGAAAUUAAAUGACUUUGAGGUGAAGUCUGAGGCUCCGAAGAAGUCUUAUAAUUACAUUCCUCGCCAAAGAAGUAGUGAAAUGAACGGAAUGUCUGUUUAUAGCGAUAAUAACUUGAAUACUGACACGAAAUUCAAAAUUCCUAAAAGAGAUUCACAAAACAUUGAGACAAUUGUCGAGAGGACGCAGACCCUGAAGAACAGUCGCCGAUGGGUCGACGCCUUCGAUCAGUUGUCCCGUAAUCUGAGUGAUGAUCAGUGGGAUAGAGAGGAUGUGAUUGAUCUGUUGGUCCAAAUCGCCAAAGGAAUGGCUGCCGGCAAUGACUUCUGCAGCACUAAAAUCAAUCACUUCAAUGCAUUGACCGAUAAAUUGAAAACUCUUAAGUAUAUCGAAGACGAGUUUUGGGAUCAAAUCAUUUACAUGGCGUCCAAGAAGAAUGAGAGUAAGACUAAUAGUCAAAUCAAUGCCCUUUUGUCGGGACUUUACGACUAUCUCUUGGAUAAUAAGAUCAGCGCUCGUCUCGUGUGCACUGAAGCCGUGGUCGUCGCCUAUCGGGUCCACACCAGACAUGCGACCGCUAAGGACUUAUUGGAUUUGUAUAAUCCAUCGCAGACUUUGAUUGCAUGAAUGAAUGGAUUCAAAAUGUGAACCUCUUAUAAUAAUUGCCACAAAUACUGUACCAUACCAUAGACCCCACAAUUCUAAUCAUUUAUUGCAUUUCUCUUAUUUGUGCCAAUAAUCAGUUAUUUAUACUGUAAUUGCCUGACAUGUGUUUUUUUUUGAAUAAUCUACAUU